GUAGUGUUUCUUUUCAUUUUAAUUUUUGUCGAAAAUUAUUUUUGCUGGGUCACGUGCUGAUUGAAAAAAAUUAUUUUGUUUGUUCCUGCACAAAUGCUAGUUUUACUGUUUACACCUCCUUGAGUUGACUAUCUAAAUGCAAUACGUGUAAAUUCAGUGUCAAUUCGUAUGAAAAUGUCCGGUCAUACAGAAUCUAGAUCCAGACGUAGUCGAUCAGAAUCCAGAUCUAGACGUAGUCGUUCUCCUGUCGUUACUCAUGAUGAUGUAUUGAUACCCGUAAACGCUGAAUUCUCCCAAUAUGUAAAAUGGAUCGACGAGAUGGCUGAGACGUCUGCGAGCCCAUUACAGACGAAAAUCAAUGCUGCGGAGGCCAUGUUGAAGAUGGUAAUAUGUGAUAAACAUAUUCAGAAGACUGAAUAUAACAGAAUGAAGGAUUUACAGUGUGAACUCGAGCAUGAAAAUAAAUUACUCCUAAAGAAAUUGACCGAAGUUGAAGAAGAAAUUUCAAGAUAUAAAUAUGAGAACUAUAUUGUGUCAAGUUUAUCGAUAUGUAAUCAGUGUGGGAUUGAGCAUUAUCCUCAUUGUAUAAACUCGAAUGAAUAGUGUAUAGUACGAGUAGGAGUAGUAUCCUAUGAUUCUUGUCAAUAAGUUGCGAAUGGAUUUGUUUAAUUUUUCUCAUUGAAAACUCAUCACACUAACGCGAACACGAAUUAAUCGUUCAAUAUUUUUAUAUGUAUCAAAUCUAGCUAUGUACAUACAUUUAAAUUGAAAACUGCAAAAUCGCAAUAACAUUAUCUCUUUCUCAUUCGAGUACCUCUACUGAGUAACUAAACUGUUUUAAUGAAACGUGUGCAUUUUUCAUAUGACCAUAGAGAUGAUGACUUUCGUACAUUAAUAAAAUUUUGAGAACUGUA